AUGAGUUUGGCAACCAAAUCACUCGGAAAACUCUCAAGAAAUAGAGCCAUCUUCUUUUGUUGUGAUGUACAAGAGAGAUUUAGAAGUUUAAUUCAUAAUUUUCCAUCCGUACUCUAUGUUAGUAGUACAAUGAAUCAGGCUAGUUCUAUCAUGGAUAUCCCAUUUGUUUGUACUGAACAAUAUUCAAAGGCUUUCGGAAAAACUUGUCCUGAAGUUGGAUUGCCAACCGAUAAGCCAAAUUAUCACUUGUUUGAAAAGAAGAAAUUCUCAAUGUUGACUGAUGAAGUGAAGGAAGUAAUGAAGAAUAAUCCAAAUCGUGAUCAAGUUGUAUUAUUUGGUAUUGAAGCUCAUGUUUGUGUUUUGCAAACUGCUUUGGAUUUAUUGGAAGCUAACAAGGAAGUUCACAUUUUGGCUGAUGGUACUUCUUCCCAAAGAACAUUUGACAGAAGUGUUGCUUUUGAAAGAUUGAGACAAUCUGGAGCUUUUAUCACCUCGUGUGAAUCAGCUCUUUUCCAAAUGAUGGGUGGAGCCGAUUAUGAAAAGUUUAAGGAAGUAAGCUCAUUGAUGAAUCCACAAAAAGCUCAAUUACGUCCUUACCAAGGUGAAUUCUAA